ACUUGUCCUGAGCGCGGUUUCAGACUACUUUGCUGCAAUGUUCACCAAUGAUGUGAGGGAGGCAAAACAAGAGGAAAUUAAAAUGGAGGGUGUUGAUCCUGGGGCGUUGCGAGCGCUGGUUCAUUUUGCAUAUACUGGAGUCCUGGAGCUAAAAGAGGAGACAAUUGAAAGUCUUUUAGCUGCUGCUUGUCUCCUCCAGCUCUCACAAGUUAUUCAGGUCUGCUGUAACUUUCUGAUGAAACAACUGCACCCAUCCAACUGCCUGGGGAUCCGUUCGUUUGCUGAUGCUCAGGGAUGCAUGGAUCUUUUGAACGUUGCUCACAACUACACUAUGGAACACUUUCUAGAGGUCAUUCAGAAUCAGGAGUUCCUCUUGCUGCCCACAAUGGAAAUUAUCAAGCUUUUGGCCAGUGAUGACAUCAACGUUCCAGAUGAAGAAACGAUUUUCCAAGCACUGAUGAUGUGGGUUCGCCAUGAUGUGCAGCACCGACAACAGGAUCUGGGAGUGUUGCUGGUGUAUAUUCGACUUCCCCUUUUACCACCACAGCUUCUUGCUGAUUUGGAAAACAAUAAGAUGUUUUCAGAAGACCUGGAAUGCCAGAAGCUCCUGAUGGAAGCCAUGAAGUACCAUCUUUUGCCAGAGCGCCGUCCCAUGCUACAGAGCCCUAGAACCAAACCACGGAAAUCCACUGUUGGAUCGCUCUAUGCCGUUGGACAGGGGUCUACAGCAAUAGAGAAAUACGACCUUCGCACAAACAGAUGGAUCCAAGUUGGUAGCAUGAAUGGGCGAAGACUUCAGUUCGGCGUGGCAGUGAUCGAUAACAAGCUCUACGUGGUUGGAGGAAGGGAUGGACUCAAGACCUCUAACAUGGUGGAGUGCUACAACCCAAUCACUAAAGUGUGGUCCACCAUGCCGCCAAUGUCAACCCACAGACACGGAUUAGGAAUUGCUGUGCUAGAGGGGCCCAUGUAUGCAGUGGGAGGUCAUGACGGAUGGAGCUAUUUGAACACAGUAGAAAGGUGGGACCCCCAGGCGAGGCAGUGGAAUUAUGUGGCCAGUAUGUCCACACCACGCAGCACCGUCGGAGUCACUGCUCUCAAUGGAAAGUUGUUCGCUGUUGGCGGUCGUGAUGGAAGCUCGUGUCUGCGAUCGAUGGAAUGUUUUGAUCCUCACACCAAUAAAUGGAGUAUGUGUGCACCCAUGUCAAAGAGGAGGGGAGGAGUGGGCGUGGCCACAUAUAACAGUUUCUUGUAUGCAGUCGGAGGACAUGAUGCACCAGCUUCAAACCAUUGCUCACGUCUCUCUGACUGUGUGGAGAGGUAA